AUGGGGGGAGCCACGCGGCCGCGUGCUGCUUACAGCCUGACAGAUGCAACUCCUGCCCGGACCAUUUGGGUGUACCGGAAUGGGGACCCCUACUAUUUGGGGAGGAAGUUUAUCAUCAAUCAUCGCUAUGUGCCCAACUUUGAAGCCUUCAUGAUACAGCUGAAUGAAGGUGUGCCGACACCUUUUGGAGUGAGGAAUCUAUACACGCCCCGAUAUGGGCAUUCCGUUAUGGACCUUCCUGAUUUGGAGCAGGGAGGCAGAUACGUGGCUGCUGGCAGGGAAAAGUUUAGGAAACUGAAUUACUACAACAUAGGGGCAAAGAGACCUCAAAGAAAGAAGAAGGAUGAAGUGAUUCGACCAGUGGUCCACAGUAAUAUAAAAGUACCUUCCAAAUGGCAAUCGUCCUAUAAUAAGCCUCGAAAUAUUAACGUUUUCACAAAUGGAGAAAUGUUGAUACCACCUAUUAAAAUUCUUAUACCCAAGUUUACAUUGAAAAGCUGGAACAGUGUUCUGGGACUGAUAAAUGAAAAAGUAUGUCCUCGUUCUGGGGGCAUUCAUAGGCUGUAUACAUUAAGUGGCCAGUGUGUACAAGGACCAGAUGAUUUAGAAGACAACCAAUUUUAUGUUGGAUGUGGUAAAGAAAAAUUUCAACCUUUGCCAUACUGGCAGCAUCCUAGAGUUCCAGAAUAUAUUCGGCGGAAUUUUUCUAACGUGCCUGGGCCUCCAGAAAAGCCUCCUGCAAAAAAGAAUCAUCAAAACGAGAAGGAAGCAUUUGCCCUCCGGUCGAGCAAUCAAAACGAGGUGCAGGAGAUAGGGCUUCCGUUUAUUAUGCAAAGCCCGAGAAGAGCUCAAAAAUCCCCAGAAGAAAUUGAAGGAGCUCAAGAGGUAAAAGAAGACAAAGAUGUGCAAGUGGAAAUGCCUUUUGAUCAGGCUGAGGAAGAAGAAACAGAAGAAGAGAUUGAGACACCUGAGGAGAAACCAGUUGGUAAGGAAGAGCUAGCAGAGAGAAGUCAUGGAUCCAUAGCAAAAGCCAACAGCAGCACAGGCAGUGUUAAUACUGCCACUCUACACCUAAUGUCUCUCCACAAAAUUGCCGCUACAAAAAUUGAUGACAAACACACUGAAGAUAGCACUGAUUCCCAAGAGAGGAAGGGAAAGGAUGUGCCUCCACAUGUACCUGAAGACACAGGAGGCAGUGAUCAGCCAAAAGACCAUGUGGACCCUGCCAAUUUGUUGCAACCACAGUUAAUGUAG